AUGCAGGGCCUCCCGUACGACCCCAUGAAUGGGGAGUGGAUUUCGAAGGAGACGAUCCGCCAUAUAACGGCGCAGGUGUUUGUAAACCCCGACUUGUACAAGGAGCAAGAAGAUUUCGCAGACUUCUUGGCCAGGAUCCCUGCGGUGACGGCGCCCAGUGCGCAAACGAUUGGGUCGCCUCAUACGCAAGAUUGUGUCCAGAGGCAGCGAACCACGCUGUGCGCCUGGGUCUUCGUGACGAAGUCCAAGUUCCCCGACAAGGAGUUCGAAACGGGAGACGUCAUCGAUUUCACUUUCAAGUGCCAAUGUUUCGCCGGGGGCCACCCGGAGAUGAAGGGCAAGGUUCGCUGCGAGGGAGACGGGGAGUGGACAGUUGGCUGGUUGAAGCCGGGCGCUCAGAUGCUUGAGUAG